GGCAGUGGCAGCCAUUACAGUUCGUCAUUAGCCAUUGCAGUGGAAAGUUCGCUCGGUUUCGUUUGUGUAAAAAGUGAAAAUUUUGUGGAAAAAAUAUUUGACAAUAGGAUAAAAGUGAUUAAAACUGUUCGAAUAUACUGGUUGAUUAUAUAGGAGAGUCUACGAGCACACGGGAAGCGUAAUUGAAACCGUUCGGAAAAGACAGUAUAUACUACAGGAGGAGAGGACGACAAAGGGGGGAACCCAGCUGCAGAUAAAGUUGAAAACUAGUAAAAACGAGAGGCUAAAAAUUAAUACAACGUUAACCAUCGACUGUCGAUAUCUACUAACAGCAUUACAAUGGAACAAUUUACCCCGAAGGAGGUAAAGAUCCUCGAGAGUGCCGAGGAUAUCCAGGAGCGGCGUGAGCAGGUGCUCAACCGCUACAAUGAGUUUAAAGUGGAAACGCGCCAUAAGCGCGAGAAGUUGGAGGACUCGCGUCGUUUCCAAUACUUUAAGCGCGAUUCGGACGAGCUGGAAAGCUGGAUCCACGAGAAACUACAGGCCGCUUCCGAGGAGAGCUACCGCGAUCCGACAAAUCUGCAGGCCAAGAUCCAAAAGCAUCAGGCUUUCGAGGCUGAAGUGUCGGCUCACAGCAACGCGAUUGUGAUGCUGGACAAUACCGGCCAAGAGAUGAUCAACCAACAGCACUUCGCAUCGGACAUCAUCCAGCGUCGGCUGGACGAGUUGCAUCGCCUUUGGGAACUGCUGCUAUCGCGGCUUGCCGAAAAGGGCAUGAAGCUACAGCAGGCGUUGGUGUUGGUGCAGUUUUUGCGCCACUGUGAAGAGGUAAUGUUCUGGAUCAAGGACAAAGAGGCAUUCGUUACGGCCGAUGAGUUCGGUCAGGAUCUGGAGCAUGUCGAAGUGUUGCAGAGAAAGUUCGACGAGUUCCAAAAGGACAUGGCUUCACAGGAGUAUCGCGUUACUGAAGUGAACGAGUUGGCUGAUAAGUUGUUAUCCAACGGUCAUCCGGAGCGUGAGACCAUCACUCGCAAGAAGGAGGAGCUGAAUGAGGCUUGGCAGCGCUUGAAGCAGUUGGCUAUUUUGCGCCAGGAGAAACUUUUCGGAGCCCAUGAGAUUCAGCGCUUUAACCGUGACGCUGACGAAACUGUCGCUUGGAUCGCUGAAAAGGACGUUGUUUUGUCAUCCGAUGAUUAUGGUCGCGACUUGGCUAGUGUCCAGGCACUCCAGCGUAAACAUGAGGGUGUUGAGCGCGAUCUCGCUGCUUUGGAGGAUAAGGUUGCAACCUUGGGUGCCGAAGCUGGUCGAUUGUGCAGCAUUCAUGCCGAUCAUAGUGAUCAGAUCCGUGAGAAGCAAGCGGAAAUCGCUGCCUACUGGCAAUCACUGACCGCGAAGGCUAAGGAACGCAAACAAAAACUGGACGAAUCGUAUUUCUUGCAUCGUUUCUUAGCUGAUUACCGCGAUCUGGUAUCGUGGAUCAUCGGAAUGAAAGCUAUCAUUUCGGCUGAUGAACUGGCUAAGGACGUAGCCGGCGCGGAAGCUUUAUUGGAACGACACCAGGAACAUAAGGGUGAAAUCGAUGCUCGUGUGGAUAGCUUCAAAGUAACAACCGAAGCAGGACGUCAGCUGUUGGAACGUGAGCAUUAUGCGGCUGCAGAAGUUCAAGAAAAACUAGCGGCUUUGGAAAGCGAUAAAAGUUCGUUGCUGUCGCUGUGGGAAGAUCGUCGCAUUUUGUACGAGCAAUGCAUGGACUUGCAGCUAUUUUACCGUGACACCGAGCAGGCCGACACCUGGAUGGCCAAGCAGGAAGCUUUCCUGGCCAACGAAGACUUGGGAGACUCACUGGAUUCGGUUGAAGCGCUGAUCAAAAAACACGAAGACUUCGAGAAGAGUCUGGCUGCCCAGGAGGAGAAAAUCAAGGCGUUGGAUGUCUUCGCGACUAAAUUGAUUGACGGCCAGCACUACGCAGCCGAUGAUGUUGCUCAGCGUCGUUCGAUGCUCCUUGCUCGCCGCUCAGCUCUGCUGGAGAAAUCCUCUAUUCGCCGCCAAUUACUGGAGGAUUCAAGUGCACUGCAGCAGUUCGAGCGUGAUUGCGACGAAACCAAAGGCUGGAUCAGUGAGAAACUCAAGUUUGCCACCGAUGAUAGCUAUCUGGAUCCGACUAAUCUGAACGGAAAGGUUCAGAAACACACCAACUUCGAGCACGAGCUUACUGCCAAUAAGAGUCGCAUUGAAGACAUCACGACUAACGGUCAAAAUCUUGUCGAGAAGCAACAUUACGCGGCAGACCAAAUCAACUCGCGUAUGCAGGAAAUCGUAACUUUAUGGGAGUCAUUGGUUCAAGCCUCGGACAAGAAGGGUUGCAAGUUGCAGGAAGCAUCGCAGCAACAGCAGUUUAAUCGUACCGUAGAAGAUAUUGAGCUGUGGCUCAGUGAAGUUGAAGGUCAGCUAAUGUCUGAAGAUUAUGGAAAAGAUUUAACGAGUGUGCAAAACCUCCAGAAGAAGCACGCCCUGUUGGAGGCUGACGUGAUGGCCCAUCAGGAUCGUAUCGAGGGGAUCAAGGUUGCCGCCAACAAAUUCGUCGAAAGUGGUCAUUUUGAUGCGGACAACAUUCGCAACAAAGAAUCAGCACUGUCGAAACGGUACGGAGCAUUGGCUUCUCCGAUGUCUGAGCGCAAACAGCGUCUGCUGGAUUCGUUGCAGGUACAGCAGCUUUUCCGUGAUUUGGAAGACGAAGCCGCCUGGAUCAGAGAGAAAGAACCGGUUGCAGCGUCGACUAACCGUGGUCGUGAUUUGAUUGGUGUCCAAAAUCUGAUCAAGAAACACCAGGCCGUACUUGCCGAGAUCAACAAUCACGAGAAUCGUGUUGUCGCGGUGAUUGGAAAUGGCGAACAGAUGCUGACUGAACUACCGUUCAGUACUGAUGACAUUAAAAUGCGUCUGGAUGCGCUGAAAGAUCAAUGGAAUUCAUUAAAGGAAAAAUCGAAUCAGCGUAAGCAGGAUUUGGAGGAUUCCUUACAAGCCCAUCAAUAUUUUGCCGACGCUAACGAAGCCGAAUCGUGGAUGCGUGAGAAAGAGCCGAUUGUUUCGAAUCAGGACUAUGGUAAGGACGAAGAUUCAUCGGAAGCUUUGUUGAAGAAACACGAAGCGCUGGUUUCGGAUUUGGAAGCUUUUGGUAACACAAUUCAGGCUCUACAGGAGCAGGCUAAAAACUGCCGCCAACAGGAGACACCAGUGGUGGACAUUACCGGAAAGGAGUGCGUCAUAGCCCUGUACGAUUAUUCUGAGAAAUCUCCUCGGGAGGUUUCCAUGAAGAAGGGCGAUGUUCUCACCUUGUUGAACUCGAACAAUAAGGAUUGGUGGAAGGUAGAGGUAAACGAUCGACAGGGCUUUGUUCCGGCUGCGUACAUCAAGAAGAUUGAUCCUGGACUGUCUGCCAGUCAGCAAAAUUUGGUCGACGGUCACUCGAUUGCUAAAAGGCAAUCGCAGAUCAAUAGCCAGUAUGAUAACCUGCUGGCAUUGGCUCGUGAGCGUCAAAACAAGCUGAAUGAAACCGUUAAAGCGUACGUUUUGGUUCGUGAGGCGGCUGAUUUGUCCGCUUGGAUCAAGGACAAGGAAAGUCACGCCCAGAUCAAGGAUGUCGGUGAAGAUUUGGAAGAGGUCGAGGUCAUGCAGAAGAAGUUCGAUGACUUCAACGAUGAUCUGAAAGCCAAUGAGGUGCGCUUGGCCAAGUUGAACGAGAUUGCCGUUCAGUUAACCUCUCUCGGUCAAACUGAAGCUGCGCUGAAAAUCAAAACGCAAAUUCAAACCCUGAACGAAGAAUGGGCAACUCUGCAGACUAUCACUCAGGAACGGGCCAGCCAGUUGGGCUCUGCUCAUGAAGUUCAACGUUUCCAUCGGGAUGUCGAUGAAACCAAGGACUGGAUCGCCGAAAAGGACAAUGCUCUAACCAACGAUGACUUGGGUAAGGAUCUGCGCGGUGUGCAGACUCUUCAACGCAAACAUGAGGGAUUGGAGCGCGACUUGGCUGCACUGCGUGAUAAAAUUCGCCAGCUGGACGAAACCGCUAAUCGCUUGAUGCAGUCGCAUCCGGAUACGGCCGAACAAACCUACGCCAAGCAGAAAGAAAUCAAUGAGGAGUGGCAGCAGGUGGUGGCGAAGGCUCAGCAGCGCAAGGAAAAGUUGUUGGAUUCGUAUGAUCUGCAGCGUUUCUCCAGCGAUUAUCGCGACCUGAUGGCUUGGAUCAGCUCGAUGAUGGGUCUGGUCACGUCCGAGGAGUUGGCCAACGAUGUCACCGGGGCGGAGGCGUUGAUUGAGAGACAUCAGAACCAUCGUGCUGAAAUUGAUUUUCGUUACGGUAUCCCACAGGAACACCGCACCGAGGUCGAUGCCCGUGCCGGAACAUUUGCCGCCUUCGAACAGUUCGGAACCGAGUUGCUGCAGGCAAACCAUUAUGCAUCACCGGAAAUUCAGGAAAAGAUCGAAAAUCUGGCCAAGGCCCGCGAGGAACUGGAACGAGCCUGGACUGCCCGUCGGCUGCAGCUGGACCAGAAUCUAGAUUUGCAGCUGUAUCUGCGUGACUGCGAACAGGCGGAGAACUGGAUGAGCGCUCGUGAGGCGUUCCUGAAUGCUGAGGAGGUCGACUCCAAGGGAGACAAUGUGGAGGCAUUGAUUAAAAAGCACGAAGAUUUCGACAAAGCUAUCAACGGGCAUGAGGAGAAGAUUGCUGCUCUGCAGGUACUAGCUGAUCAAUUGAUUGCACAGGAGCACUAUGCUGGUAAGUUGAUCGAUGAUAAGCGCUCGGAAGUGCUAGAUCGCUGGCGUCACUUGAAGGAGGAUUUGAUCGAAAAGCGCUCGCGGCUUGGCGACGAGCAGACACUACAACAGUUCUCGCGAGAUGCGGAUGAAAUCGAAAAUUGGAUCGCCGAGAAGCUGCAGCUGGCCACCGAGGAAAGCUAUAAAGAUCCGGCCAACAUUCAAUCGAAGCAUCAGAAGCACCAGGCUUUCGAAGCCGAGCUGGCCGCCAAUGCUGAUCGUAUUUCAAGCGUGCUGGCUAUGGGAAGUAAUUUGAUCGACAAAAAUCAGUGCAGUGGUUCCGAGGAUGCUGUACAGAAGCGUUUGACUCAGAUCGCUGAUCAGUGGGAAUAUCUAACCCAAAAAACGACUGAAAAGUCCCUGAAGCUGAAGGAAGCCAACAAGCAGCGUACAUAUAUUGCGGCUGUUAAGGAUUUGGACUUUUGGCUGGGUGAGGUUGAGAGCUUGUUGACUUCAGAGGAUGCUGGCAAGGAUUUGGCUUCCGUUCAAAAUCUAAUGAAGAAACAUCAGCUGGUUGAGGCGGAUAUCCAUGCUCAUGAAGAUCGUAUCAAGGAUAUGAAUGCACAGGCUGAUUCGUUGGUCGAGAGCGGACAGUUCGACAGUGCCGGUAUUCAGGAGAAACGACAGUCCAUCAACGAGCGUUAUGAACGUAUCUGUAAUUUAGCCGCCCAUCGUCAAGCUCGUUUGAAUGAGGCCAACACUUUGCAUCAAUUCUUCCGUGACAUUGCUGACGAAGAGUCUUGGAUCAAGGAAAAGAAACUGCUGGUAGGUUCCGAUGAUUAUGGUCGUGAUUUAACGGGUGUUCAGAACCUGAAGAAGAAGCACAAGCGUUUGGAGGCGGAGUUGGCUUCGCACGAGCCGGCUAUUCAGGCCGUUCAGGAAGCCGGCGAGAAGCUGAUGGAUGUGUCUAAUCUCGGUGUGCCGGAGAUUGAACAGCGAUUGAAGGCUUUGAAUCAGGCUUGGGCAGAGUUGAAGGGAUUGGCUGCUACCCGUGGUCAGAAGCUGGAUGAGUCACUGAUCUAUCAACAGUUCUUGGCUAAGGUGGAAGAAGAGGAGGCUUGGAUUACCGAGAAGCAACAACUGUUGUCGGUUGAAGACUAUGGUGACUCUAUGGCCGCUGUUCAAGGUUUGCUUAAGAAGCAUGAUGCUUUCGAAACCGAUUUUGCUGCACAUCGCGAUCGUUGCUCGGACAUUCGCGAUAAUGGACAAACUCUGGUUACCAACAACAACCACCAUGGGGAGAGUAUUUCGCAGCGCUGUGCCCAGCUGGAUAAGAAGUUGGAGAAUCUGCAGGCUUUGGCAACACGCCGCAAAAACGCCCUGUUGGAUAACUUUGCUUACUUGCAGUUCAUGUGGAAGGCCGAUGUCGUUGAGAGUUGGAUUGCCGACAAGGAGAAUCACGUCAAGUCGGAGGAGUUCGGACGUGAUUUAUCCACUGUGCAGACCUUGCUGACCAAACAGGAGACAUUUGAUGCGGGUCUCUCUGCAUUUGAACAGGAAGGUAUUCAUAACAUCACAGCUUUGAAGGAUCAACUAAUCAACGCUAAUCACGCCCAAUCGGCUGCUAUUUUGAAACGUCAUGAGGACGUGCUAACUCGUUGGCAGAAGCUGCGUGCCGACUCGGAAGCCCGCAAGUACCGACUACUGGCCAUGCAAGAGCAGUUCCGUCAAAUCGAGGACCUGUAUUUGACGUUUGCCAAGAAGGCUUCCGCUUUCAACUCCUGGUUCGAGAACGCUGAAGAGGAUCUGACUGAUCCGGUCCGUUGCAAUUCGAUCGAGGAGAUUACGGCGCUUCGAGCGGCGCAUGCCCAGUUCCAAGCUUCGCUGUCGUCUGCCCAGUUCGACUUCCAAGCGUUGGCCGAUUUGGACCGGAAGAUCAAGAGUUUCAACGUUGGACCAAAUCCGUACACCUGGUUUACGAUGGAAGCCCUCGAGGACACCUGGCGCAAUUUGCAGAAGAUUAUUGAAGAACGUGACGCCGAACUGGCCAAGGAAGUUCACCGCCAGGAGGAGAACGACAAGCUUCGCAAGGAGUUUGCCAAGCAUGCUAAUCUGUUCCACCAGUGGCUUACCGAAACGAGAUACAAUAUUCUGGGCUGGGAUAAAUAUGGAACUUCCCUCAUGGAGGGAUCCGGCUCACUGGAGGAGCAAUUCGAGGCCUUGUGUCAUAAAGCUAACGAAAUCCGGGCCCGUCGCGGUGACUUGAAAAAAAUUGAAGAACUGGGCGCCACUCUGGAGGAGCAUCUCAUUUUGGACAAUCGUUACACGGAACACUCCACCGUUGGACUCGCUCAGCAGUGGGAUCAGCUUGAUCAGCUCGCUAUGCGUAUGCAACACAAUCUCAAACAGCAAAUUCAGGCCCGCAACCAGUCGGGUGUCUCAGAAGACUCCCUCAAAGAGUUCUCGAUGAUGUUUAAGCAUUUCGACAAGGACAAGAGUGGCAAGCUGAAUCACCAGGAGUUCAAAUCAUGUCUGCGUGCUCUCGGUUACGAUCUGCCAAUGGUGGAGGAGGGACAACCGGAUCCGGAGUUCGAAGAGAUCCUAAACGUUGUCGACCCGAACCGCGAUGGACAAGUUUCUCUGCAGGAAUACAUAGCCUUUAUGAUUUCCAAAGAAACGGAAAAUGUCCAGAGCUACGAGGAGAUCGAAAAUGCCUUCCGCGCCAUUACCGCUUCCGAUCGUCCUUACGUCACCAAGGAUGAACUUUAUUCCAAUCUUACCAAGGACAUGGCGGACUACUGCGCCCAAAGGAUGAAACCGUACAACGACCCCAAAACGGGUCAUCCGAUUACGGGCGCCUUGGACUACGUGGAAUUCACUCGAACUCUAUUUCAAAAUUAAACACAUAUUUUAACUCUUUAACUAAUAAAGUACACCAAUGUCGUACAUUCUUUUAAGCGCAAAACAAAGUAUUUCGCAUAUAUUUAAAUCUGUUGACUAUACCCUAUAUAAAUCGGCACUAGCAAUUAAGUAUUUAUGUGCAAAAAAGCUUUUAUCGUAGAGGAGCAACGUUAAAUGCAGUUGAUGUUCCCGCUUGCCGAAGUUGCACGCAUAAUCCGAAUAAUAAGAGACAUCACGAAAAAUGCAUCGAACAUUUCUAAUUUAUUUCGAUCUUGUUCUAAUCAAUUUCUGCACCUAAAGGAAAUUGGCUUUGAAUAUUUAGCACUCGAAAAUCUGAGCAAAUAAACGAUCGAGCGUGAACGAAAUGAAACAAUCCGAUAAAAUUGGAAGUGGUAACCUAAACCACUGGGAGCGUCACCGAAUUAGUAGUUGAAGGAAUAUUACUAGAAUGCCUUUUCGCUAUAAUAAAUAAAACUAUAUGUCAGAAAA